ACUAAUUACUCAAACUUAUUCCUUAUAAAUUAUUUAAAAAGUUCAAAAAAAAAAAACUAGAAAAAAUGGCAAAUGUAGGAGCUCCACCAAUUGUAGGUAGAAAUAUCAUGUCAAGAUCUGAAAAAGAAAGAUAUAUAUCACAAUUUGAUUUCCCUUUGUGUGCCGAAUCUUCAAAAUAUGACAAACUCACCAAAAUUGGCCAAGGAACUUUUGGAGAAGUAUUCAAAGGACGAGAAAAAAGUCUUCUAGGACCCAUCCAUAAUGAAAAAUUUGUGGCCAUGAAGAAAGUUCUCAUGGAAAAUGAAAAAGAAGGAUUUCCGAUAACAGCCCUGAGAGAAAUCAAGAUUCUGCAGUUACUCAAUCAUGAAAAUGUGGUAAAUCUCAUAGAAAUUUGUCGAACAAAAGCAGUGUUAGAAAAUAAUUACCGUUCCACAUUCUAUUUAGUUUUUGAUUUCUGUGAACACGACUUAGCAGGUUUAUUAUCAAACGCCAAUGUGAAAUUCAGUUUGGGAGAGAUCAAGAAAGUUAUGCAACAGUUAUUAAAUGGAUUAUAUUAACACAAUAAUAAGAUUUUGCAUCGGGAUAUGAAAGCAGCAAAUGUUCUCAUAACAAAAAAUGGUAUUUUAAAAUUAGCUGACUUUGGAUUAGCUAGAGCGUUUAGUGUUCCUAAAAAUGGUGUAGCAAAUAGAUAUACAAAUAGGGUAGUUACCUUGUGGUACCGUCCUCCAGAAUUAUUAUUAGGUGAUCGAAACUAUGGCCCUCCUGUUGACCUUUGGGGUGCUGGAUGUAUAAUGGCAGAAAUGUGGACGAGAUCACCUAUAAUGCAGGGUGGUUCUGAACAAGCGCAACUUAUAUUAAUUUCACAUCUAUGUGGAAGUUGUACGCCUGAAGUGUGGCCUGGAAUUGAAAAUUUGGAGUUAUAUAAAAUGGAAUUGCCGCUAAAUUAUAAUAGAAGGGUGAAAGAAAGAUUAAAACCGUAUGUGAAAGAUGCUGCAGCCUGUGAUUUGCUAGAUAAAUUAUUACAAUUAGAUCCAUCUAAAAGAUUAGAUGCUGAUGCAGCAUUGAAUCACGAUUUCUUCUGGACUGAUCCUAUGCCCUGCGAUUUAAAAGACAUGUUAGAGCAACAUAAACAAAGUAUGUUUGAAUUCCUGGCACCUCCACGAAGACCGGACCACAUGAGACACCACCAACAUCAAAUGGCAAGAGCUGCACAACAAAGAACAACAUUAGAAAGUGGAUAUCAAGAUCGUGUAUUCUAAUAUCUGAAAUAAAUAAUGAAUUAUUAUUUAAACAAAUACAAUAUUGACAAUGCCCUGUAUAAUCCCAGGCGAGAAUUUUGGGACACAUGUAAUAAUUUUAUAACAAGUAAUCUGCGCCAAUGUACCGAUAUGAAUGUAAUUUUGUACUGAUAUUGAAUUGUAAAUAAAGUU